AUGCCCGCACUGCUUGGCGGUAUUGCGAUGGCGUCCGUCGCUGCGCUGUCCAUGCCCGCUUUCGCAAUCCUCUACGGUCUCGUAUCUGGUCAAUACACAAGCUAUGGCGAAGGAUCGAGAAGCAGCAGCCAACUCAUGAGCAACAUGGCCAGGUUCUGCGUAAUUCUUACCGCUCUCGCAACACUCAACUGGAUUGCCGAUAGUUUCUACUAUCUCUUCUUUCUCAUGUUCGGAGAGCUCCAGGCGAGGAGUGCCCGCAACAGAAUCUUCGAUGCUCUUAUCAAAAAGGAUAUGGCUUGGAUCGAUACGCGGGAGGAUGGAAUCGCCGCAUUUCUGCCGAUACAAGGAAAGAUGGCCGGUGCAAAAUUAAGUGUGCUUAUGAAGUUGAUUUCAACGAGCGAUCAGCAAUUCGAAUCGCAAGGCAAACUGCGGCCUGAGAGAUGUACGGGCCAGCUCGAGUUUCGAAAGGUCACAUUCUCAUAUCCUUCACGCGCAGACGAGACUGUCAUUCGAGAUGCUUCGCUUCUAAUCCGGGCUGGAGAGACGACCUUUGUCGUCGGCAAAAGGGGUUCCGGAAAGAGCACACUAGCACAACUUCUCGUCCGCUUCUAUCGGCCUUCUUCAGGACAGAUAUUCCUGGAUGACGUUCCACUCGAAGAUUUGGACGUCAAAUGGUUACGACAGAAAGUCAUGCUUGUUGAGCAGCACAGCGUGCUGUUCAAUGAUACUAUCCGCCACAAUCUCGCUCUUGGUCAGCUAGGUGAUGCAGUGGAUAUGCAAGAUAUCCGCAAUGCAGUCAAGUUUGCUAUGCUAGAACCUGUUAUGGAGAGCUUUCCCAAUGGACUGGAUACUGAACUCGGCAUGAAGGGUGGCUCAUUGAGUGGAGGGCAGAGACAAAGAAUGGCUCUAGCUCAAGCUAGGAUUGGGAUCUCGCCGGUGCUGAUCCUGGACGAAUCAACCAGUUCUCUUGAUUACGUUACACGAGCCGAGAUGCUUGACGCUAUACGAAGCUGGCGGAAAGGGAAGACAACGAUUAUCAUUACCCAUGACAUCUUGCAGAUCCGACCCAACGACUUCCUGUACUUGCUGGACAACGCCCGGGUAGUACAACAGGGGUGUCGAAAAGAGCUCGAGUCACAAAAUGGAUCUUUCAGUCUUGUCUUGAUACGCACACCGAGGCUGACACAGACGAUGAGUCUGAUGAUCAUGAGGACGAACCCUAAACUAUCUACGCGACCAGUCUCGCCGAUCGGUCCGUACUCGCGACCCUUUGCGACCAACGAGUCUGUCCCAGUUCUUUCGGACGCACCGAAGAAAUCUUCGAGAAACGAUAAGCUUCUUCAGAGAAUCGAACGCUUCCGCAACAAGAACCCUAGUGAAGACAAGGAUUUCCCGGCCGCUUCUCUUCCUAUGAAAGAGAUAGUCAUGUCUGUAUGGCCCGCUAUAGUCUGGGGUCCGCGUCUCCUCAUUCUAGCGGCAUCCUUCAGCGCAACGAUUCAUGCUGCAUGCAAACCAGUAUUUGCAUGGGUUUUCGCCCAGCUUUUGACUACUUUUUACGUGCCUGGCGCUAGGAAGGAAAUGUCCCAAAAAUACGCCCUCGUCAUUCUUGGUAUUGCCGCUCUCGAUGGUUUAUCGUGCUACUUCAUUUUCUUGCUCUCAGAUACAGUAGCGCAGACGUGGACUCUUUCGCUGAAGAAGGAAGCCAUGCGGCGCAUCCUGAUGCAACCACGGAAGUUCUUCGACAAGGAAGAAAACAGCGUGUCGCGGCUUGCCGAGAUGUUGGAUCACUCUGCUGAAGAGGCCCGAAAUCUUCCAGGCCGGUUUGCUUGUGUCUUUCUCACUAUGAAUCUUAUGGUUUGUAUUUCUAUCUUUUGGAGCAUGGUCAUAGCAUGGCAGUUGGCCCUAGCUGCUCUCGCAACCGGUCCUGUUCUCUUCGUAAUCACGAAGUGUUACAACGUUAUCAGCAGCCGCUGGGAAAGAUUGGAAAAUGAGGCCGCUGACAAGGUUGGUCAAGUGCUCCAGGACGCGUUCGUCAGUAUCAAGACCGUUCGAUGCCUAGUUUUGGAAGAUUACUUCAAGGAAAUGUAUACCAACGCAACUGCCGAAGCCGUAAAUGUCGGCAUCAAGCGCGCAAUAUACUGUGCAUCCAUUGACGGACUUUCAUUCACUGGAGCCAUCUUCGUAACUAUCCUGCUAUACUGGUAUGGAGGUUAUCUCAUGUCGAAAGAUGAGUACACUGCCAAUGAAGUGUUGGAAUGCUUCUUGGUUCUCAUGCUUAGUGUCAAUCAAGUUAGCUAUAUGGCGAACUACGUCACUCAGGUCAACAUGGCAAGGGAUGCUGGGUCACGAUUACUACGUCUCGCACGACUACCAAAGGAUUCACACGAGCUCACCGGCGAAAUUCAGAUACAGUUUGCAGAUGACAUCUCGCUAAACAAGGUCACCUUCAUUUACCCAGCCCGGCCUAAGAUUCGAGUACUGCAUGAAGUGUCGUUCCAAAUUCGACAAGGGAGCUGCACCGAUAUGGUCGGAUCCUCGGGGGCAGGCAAAUCUACAAUUGCCUCUCUCCUCCUCAAGCUUUACCAAAUAGGAAACAGCCCACUCGCAUCCUCCAACCCGUCAGGCGAUAUGACCGUCUCGAAUUACGAUAUCAAGACCUUGCAUACUACCAUCCUCCGUUCCCGGAUGGCCAUAGUAUCACGAACGCCCGUCCUCUUCCCCGGCACUAUCGCAGAAAACAUCGCCUACGGCCUAUCCCGUUUCCUUCCCGAAACAAGCAUCAAAAGCAUCCGCGCAGCCGCCUCCGCAGCUGACAUAGCUGAGUUCAUCGACAGCCUGCCCCAAGGCUACAACACGCCUAUCGGCGAAGGCGGCACAUGUCUAUCCGGAGGCCAAGCUCAACGCGUCUCGAUCGCACGCGCCCCCGUUAGAAACCCCGAUGUGCGUAUCCUCGACGAAGCAACGAGCGCGCUAGACGUAACUUCCGCUCAGAUCAUCCGCGAGACCAUCCUCAGUCUCGUUCACGGCAUCGAAGACACUGGAUCCACCAUAUUCCCCACCCAUAUCACCCUGGAGCCGUUCAGGUUGGUUUUGGGAUGA